GCGAUUCACUAUGAAUUAUUGCUCUUACAAUUUAGGAAAAACAAAAAAUAUAAUUAUAUGUAAUUUUAUAGAUUUAUUUAACAUUUUUCGUGCUACAAAUACCUGUGUUCAGUGCUUUAAUAAAUAAGUUAUUAAGUUUAAUAAGAAGAUACAAAUGAAUAGUCUCCAAUCGUCAAGGCUGAGCGAGGACGACCUCUACAGCUCCCCGUCAUCAGAUGAAAAGAUGGAUACAGCAUCCGAAUCAUUACGAUCGACUCAGGACACUCCCAAUUCGGUCCUAUCAGAUUCAGAGGAACGGGAAACUGAAGUCCUGAGGCUCCAAAAUCCGAACGUCCUAAGAUUGUUGGAACCAGAAAAAUUAGACAAUAAAAUACCAUUAAAACCUGAACUCAAUGAUAGCCUCGUCACGCGAAUGUCGAAUUUAAGGAUCGAGUCUCCGGUCCGGCCCAAGAACCUAGGUAUAAGUCCGCCCAGGCUCAGCUCGACCCUCACGUUGACGACCAGUCAUCCGUUGAUGACGUUGAGUAGUCCGGACGAAAAUUUUCCGGAUGUCGUCCCGAAGAAGGUGCCUAAAAUUGAUGAGGAUAAAGAUCUGAGUCUAUCCAGUAUAGAAGACGAAAGGGGUCCAACAAAUGGCUACGAACUAUACACACCUUUGAGAAAUACGUCGAAAAAUAACCUGUACUUCUCCGAUAACUUUGUCACAGCUGACAGUCACCUGCUGAGCGAAUCCCUGAACGUGCCGCCAGAUGUCGCCAGGGUCGAACAGAAGGAGAGGCGGAAGAUCAUACCGAGGUUCACGGAAAUUCCGACGACGGAUAGUUCGACGCCUUACAAGGACACGAAUCGCUUGUCCGAUGGUGAUAGAGACUGUGCCAUAAAAUACAACGAGGAUAUGAAUAAGCUAUCUAGUCGCAGCAAGCCCAGGGCUUUGGGGGUGGACGUUUCGAAAUCACAGGAAUUUCAUUCGGUCGCAGAAUGGUGCGAGUCCCCAGCUCACAUCCGCUCGAGACCGAACUUCGAUCUUCCGAUAGAGAUGUCAAGCAAUAUCGGAAUACAGAAUGAUCUAGAUUCACCAGACGUGAUAUCGUCGUCGACGCAAGAGGACCGGUCCGCGUACCAAGCGCUGCUCGACCCGUACACGGGCUCAGUGGCGUUACGUCACACCGUGCCCAAGUGUAACCCGCCGAGGAGGAAAGUGCAGCUGCCGCCGGAAGACGAAGACGAUAGAUGCAGCCUGGACAGCAUCAGCGGUUGUUCCAUGGAUUCAGAAGACGAGCCCCCUCCCCCGCCCGCUCAGCAACCCGACUCCAGUGAGGAGGACAACACUAAGAGAUCAAAGUCAACGAACACGGUGAGCGAGUGCAGCGAUCCGAUACCGGAGUACUCCGCGGCCGAGGAGUUCCGGGACGAGCGCUCGUGGCUCACCGUGCAGCACGGCGGGGGGAAGGCUAUCUGUGAUAUGAAGGUGAUCGAGCCGUUCAAGCGCGUGGUGUCGCACGGCGGGUACGAGGGGGGGGGCGCCGCGCUCAUCGUGUUCAGCGCGUGCCACCUGCCCGACACGGCGCGCCCCGACUACCGCUACGUCAUGGACAACCUGUUCCUGUACGUGAUGUGGAGCCUGGAGCGGCUGGUGACGGACGAGUACGUGCUGGUGUACCUGCACGGCAGCGCCGGCCGGCGACGGAUGCCGACCUUCGCGUGGCUCCACGAGUGCUACAAACUACUGGAUAGGAGGUUAAGAAAGAGUCUGAAACACUUGUACCUGGUGCACCCCACGUUUUGGCUGAAGUCGUUCGUGAUCGUCACCAAGCCCUUCGUGAGCUCAAAGUUCUUCCGUAAGUUGACGUACGUGAAAAGUCUCGAGGAGCUACUAGAGAAGGUGCCGGUCGAGCCGAACGCUAUCCCGGAAAUCGUGAAACAAUUCGAUGCGAAUAGACGAUAGGGUAUGAAGAAAUAUUUGAAUCCAACCGACGAUAUACAAAAUAUUUUUAUUUACACCUAACAAAAAAUGUAUCUUGGUAUUAUAUUUGUGAUGAAUAGAAAAAUGAUUACGCGUAAAAUUACAUUAAAAAAAGUCGCCAUGGCCCGCGUAUAAUAGAUGGAAUCCUAAGACCGUAGUUGAUAUAUCACGUAGUCCCAGUUUACUAAAAUUUUAUUAUUUCAUCUCAGUCUUGCAACGGCUAAACUAUAUGUGCGAAAGGGACAAAACUAAUACGAAACGAUAAACAAUGAACUGCUUGAAUAUACCCGAAGAUCUUGCCUGCGCGAUUCAGAAACGCGUAAUGACUAAAGCGCCAUCUAUUGGCACGGGCCGGCGACUUACGAUACAGGUUCGUGCCGUAAUAUUUUAUUUAUUUAUUUAUAAAUCAUAUGUUCUCAUAGUGUCUCUUAUUAUACGUUAUAGAGCUAUCAUUUGUUUUGUUUUGUUUUCUUAAAAUGUAUUAAAAUUAAUACAGGUUUUAUGAUGGAGCAGUGUCGAAAGGUAUUUUGUAUAUCGUUGGUGUUUUUUUUUUUAUAAAUAAUUGUCACCGACAGACGGAGUAGGCAAAACAUGGGGAACAUUUUUCAUUUUCGACGCACAGAAAGAUUUGAUUCACGAUACGAUGGCGUUCUAGCUUUAAAAUCGAUGCUUUAAUCGGAAUGCCAUUUAAAAUAUUUUUUAUUAGAUAUAAAUAUAUAUAAAGUUAUCAUAUAAUAUAUUAGACUAUUGCAAUAUUAGGCGUCAUUGUUUUUGAAAGAAAAAAAAAAGUAAUAUUACCUAAUAUAAAUAUAAAAGGUACAUUAAACAACAGUAUGUGAGAAGUGAUAGCAUAUUACUAAUAUUCAUAAUAUUCGGUCAUAGACAAUUACCAAAUGGUUAACGUUAGUUAGCAUAGAUUAAUAAAUUGUUGCGUUUUCAACUCCAAGCUCAAUGGCUAAUUUAAUUUUUUAAAUUUUAGUAUUUAAGAAACCCGUUUUUAACUUCAAAGUUCAAAUAAAUAAAUAGAAACAGUACGUAUGAUACACUUGAUUAUAUAAUACAUUAAACUUACGGAAAUAAUAGUUGUAUACAGAUUAAAAUUUAAAAUAUCUGACGUAAAAAUCACGUUCUCGUUCUCGAAAUGAUGAGAAGAAUGAGCCCUUGAACGCCUUCGAAUCUCAAUUCCGAUUCUCUUAGCGAAUGUUAAAUCAACCCUUUGACUGCAACAUUAGUCUAGUGGCUUGAUGUAAGGCCGCAGACCCGGAGGUCCUGGGUUCAAUAAAAAGUUAUUGGGUUUUUCUGUCAGAAAAUUCUCAGUAGCAGCCCGGAGUCUGGAAGUUGGUAGUGUGUACACUCCCGUGCCUCGGAAAGCACGUGAAGCCCGUAUUUAGUCCUGCGCCUGAACUCUUUCCGGUCGUGUCGGAUUGCCGUCCCAUCGGAUUAUGAGAGUUAGGGAAUAGAGAGUGCACUUGUGUCAGCGCACACACUUGUGCACUAUAAUGUAUCCUGCGGAGUUGGCUAAUCUUUCUUGAGUCUGGCCGCCGUAGCCGAAAUCGGUCUGGAGGACAUUAUAAUACCACUCAUCACGAGAUCACCUAAGCUAUCUGCAAGAAAGUCUGUUACUCCUUCCCCGACGUAGACGCUCACUAAGAACGAAGAUAACAGUGCUGCUGUCAGCUAGUAUAUAAUUUAAUCUGUACUGUAAAGAUGCAAUAUGCUAUAGUCUAUGUAUGUGUGUCACUUCUAACGUACUCGUGUUCUAUGUGUAACGCACAGACGCAUCGCGAUAAGCGUUUUAUAUAACAAUAGCUUUUUAUGGAAUUUUGCACAAUUUGAUAUCGUUUGGGAGGUAAAAAUCAGUAUCAAAAUAAUUUGUACGAAUCAAAUAAAUUGUAAGUAAAGUUUUAAAAAAUUAAUUUAUAUAGUGAAACGUUUUAAUACGGUCACUUGUGUAAAGCGAAAACGUAUUAAUAUGGCAUUCAUUUUACAAUAUGGCGGAAUUAAGUAUGAUUACGGAGGAUUCUCAAUGCGGUAGACACUUAAAGCGAAUCUUCUCCGCCAUAUUGUAUUUAUUGUGACGUAACAACAAAAACCGUUUAUAGCUUCGUAGAGAUUAUUUUGAUGGCGUAAUUACAAUAGAUUCUAAAAUAAUAAAUAUGAUAUAAUUCAUUUUUUACAUGUAUUUUUGUACUUUUCACAUUUUUUCUCCCCUUCAAUCAAUCUGCUUGUAAUCUCAUUGAAUAGUUAUAAUUUUUGUU